UUCAAAGGCAUAAAUAGUUCCGGCCCGGUGCAGAGCGCGGGGCCCGUUUGUAGCCGCUAUGGUGGAUUUCGCUUCGUAGCCCCCGAAGCCGGGCAAAGCUGGCCCUAUCUCCGCCCUAGGAACAGAGCUUUGGGGGCGCUUCAAGCCCAGGCGGCCUGACGCAGCUGUGAGGCAGAACUGCUUUGUGGCCAGUUUCAUUUCUAGCAGAGGUUUACCCGUCCAAGUCAGUAGUGAAAAUGCACAUUAAGUCGAUCAUUCUUGAGGGAUUCAAGUCCUAUGCUCAGAGGACUGAAGUAAAUGGUUUUGACCCCCUCUUCAAUGCUAUCACUGGUUUAAAUGGUAGUGGGAAAUCCAACAUACUGGACUCCAUCUGCUUUUUGCUGGGCAUCUCCAACCUGUCUCAGGUUCGGGCUUCUAAUUUACAAGAUUUAGUUUACAAAAACGGGCAGGCUGGCAUUACCAAAGCCUCAGUAUCAAUCACCUUUGAUAAUUCUGACAAAAAGCAAAGUCCUUUAGGAUUUGAGGUACAUGAUGAAAUUACAGUAACAAGGCAGGUGGUUAUUGGUGGCAGAAAUAAAUAUUUAAUCAAUGGAGUAAAUGCAAACAAUACCAGAGUACAAGAUCUCUUCUGUUCUGUUGGCCUUAAUGUUAACAACCCUCACUUUCUCAUCAUGCAGGGCCGAAUUACAAAAGUGUUGAAUAUGAAACCUCCAGAGAUUUUGUCCAUGAUAGAAGAAGCAGCUGGAACCAGGAUGUAUGAAUACAAAAAGAUAGCUGCCCAGAAGACUAUAGAAAAAAAGGAGGCUAAGCUGAAAGAGAUAAAGACGAUACUUGAAGAAGAAAUUACUCCAACUAUUCAAAAAUUAAAAGAGGAAAGAUCUUCCUACUUGGAGUAUCAAAAAGUAAUGAGAGAAAUAGAACAUUUGAGUCGUUUAUAUAUUGCUUAUCAGUUUUUGCUGGCUGAAGAUACCAAAGAACGCUCAGCUGAGGAGUUAAAAGAAAUGCAGGAUAAAAUUGUUAAGCUUCAAGAAGAAUUAUCUGAGAAUGAUAAAAAAAUAAAAGCACUUAGUCAUGAAAUAGAAGAGUUGGAAAAAAGAAAAGAUAAGGAAAUUGGAGGUGUACUUCGAUCUUUAGAAGAUGCUCUUGCAGAAGCUCAGCGAGUCAAUACUAAAUCUCAGAGUGCCUUUGAUCUCAAGAAGAAAAAUCUGGAGAGUGAAGAGAAUAAACGCAAAGAGCUGGAAAAAAAUAUGGCUGAGGAUUCUAAAACUUUAGCAGCAAAGGAAAAAGAGGUUAAAAAGAUAACAGAUGGGCUGAAUGCCCUUCAAGAAGCAAAUAAUAAAGAUGCCGAGGCUCUGGCUGCUGCACAGCAGCACUUCAAUGCUGUCUCCGCCGGCCUGUCCAGCAACGAAGACGGAGCAGAAGCAACUCUGGCUGGUCAGAUGAUGGCCUGUAAAAAUGACAUAAGUAAAGCUCAGACAGAAGCCAAACAGGCUCAGAUGAAGUUGAAACAUGCCCAACAAGAAUUAAAGACUAAGCAAACUGAAGUUAAGAAGAUGGAUAGUGGCUACAGGAAGGAUCAAGAAGCAUUAGAAGCUGUGAAGAAACUUAAAGAAAAACUUGAAGCCGAAAUGAAAAAGCUAAACUAUGAAGAAAACAAGGAGGAAAGCCUCCUGGAAAAGCGUAGGCAGCUGUCUCGUGAUAUCAGUAGAUUGAAAGAAACAUACGAAGCUCUCUUGGCCAGAUUUCCCAAUCUUCGAUUUGCCUACAGGGAUCCAGAGAAGAACUGGAAUAGAAAUUGUGUGAAAGGACUUGUAGCUUCACUGAUAAGUGUGAAAGAUACUUCUGCAACCACAGCUUUAGAAUUGGUGGCUGGGGACCGACUCUACAAUGUCGUAGUAGACACAGAGGUUACUGGAAAAAAGCUACUAGAAAAGGGGGAAUUGAAGCGUCGAUACACUAUCAUUCCACUCAAUAAAAUUUCAGCCAGAUGUAUUGCUCCAGAAACUCUGAGGGUUGCUCAGAAUCUUGUUGGCCCUAAUAAUGUUCAUGUGGCUCUUUCCCUGGUUGAAUACAAACCAGAACUUCAGAAAGCAAUGGAAUUUGUCUUUGGAACGACAUUAGUUUGUGACAAUAUGGAUAAUGCAAAAAAAGUAGCUUUUGAUAAAAGGAUAAUGACUAGAACUGUAACUCUAGGAGGUGAAGUAUUUGAUCCUCAUGGCACAUUGAGUGGAGGUGCUCGAUCCCAGGCAUCUUCUAUUUUAACCAAGUUUCAAGAACUCAAAGAUGUUCAAGAUGAGCUGAGAAUCAAGGAGAAUGAGCUACAGGCUCUAGAAGAGGAGUUAGCAGGUCUUAAAAACACUGCUGAAAAGUAUCGCCAACUGAAACAGCAGUGGGAGAUGAAAACUGAGGAGGCAGAUUUAUUACAAACCAAGCUUCAGCAAAGCUCAUAUCACAAGCAACAAGAAGAAUUAGAUGCGCUUAAAAAGAUCAUUGAGGAAAGUGAGGAGACCUUAAAAAACACCAAAGAAAUUCAAAAAAAAGCAGAGGAAAAAUAUGAAGUAUUGGAGAAUAAAAUGAAAAAUGCAGAAGCUGAAAGAGAGAGAGAACUGAAGGAUGCUCAGAAAAAACUAGAUUGCGCCAAAACUAAAGCAGAUGCUUCUAGUAAGAAAAUGAAAGAAAAACAACAGGAAGUUGAAGCUAUCACCCUGGAAUUGGAAGAGCUCAAGAGAGAGCAUGCAUCCUGUGAGCAACAGCUUGAAGCUGUAAAUGAAGCUAUCAAAUCCUAUGAAGGUCAGAUUGCAGUAAUGGCAGCAGAGGUGGCUAAAAAUAAGGAGUCAGUAAACAAAGCUCAAGAAGAAGUGACCAAGCAAAAAGAAGUGAUAACAGCCCAGGACAACAUAGUUAAAACUAAAUAUGCAGAAGUGGCAAAGCAUAAGGAGCAAAACAAUGAUUCUCAGCUUAAAAUUAAGGAACUGGACCACAACAUCAGCAAGCACAAACGGGAAGCUGAAGAUGCUGCUGCCAAGGUGUCCAGAAUGUUGAAAGAUUAUGACUGGAUUAAUGCCGAGAAACACCUCUUUGGGCAACCCAAUAGCGCCUAUGAUUUCAAAACUAACAACCCAAAAGAAGCUGGUCAGAGACUUCAGAAGUUGCAAGAAAUGAAGGAGAAACUAGGAAGAAAUGUCAACAUGAGAGCUAUGAAUGUACUGACAGAAGCUGAAGAGCGGUAUAAUGACUUGAUGAAGAAGAAAAGGAUUGUCGAAAACGACAAAUCCAAAAUCCUGGCAACUAUAGAAGAUCUUGACCAGAAGAAAAAUCAAGCCUUAAAUAUUGCUUGGCAGAAGGUGAACAAGGACUUUGGAUCUAUUUUUUCUACUCUUUUGCCUGGUGCUAAUGCUAUGCUUGCACCACCGGAAGGGCAAACUGUAUUAGAUGGCCUGGAGUUUAAGGUUGCCUUAGGAAAUACUUGGAAAGAAAACCUAACUGAACUUAGUGGUGGUCAGAGGUCUUUAGUGGCUUUGUCAUUAAUACUGUCUAUGCUCCUCUUCAAACCUGCUCCAAUUUAUAUCCUGGAUGAGGUAGAUGCUGCCUUGGAUCUUUCUCACACCCAGAAUAUUGGACAGAUGCUGCGUACUCAUUUCACACACUCUCAGUUCAUUGUGGUAUCCCUAAAGGAAGGUAUGUUCAACAAUGCAAAUGUCCUUUUCAAAACCAAGUUUGUGGAUGGUGUUUCUACAGUAGCCAGAUUUACUCAGUGUCAAAAUGGGAAAGUUCCAAAGGAAACCAAACCCAAGGCAAAAGGACCCAAAUGAUCACAUAUGGAAAUUACAAGCACAAACUUACUCCUUCAACUUGACCUGUUUUUUAAACAUAAACUUUUUAAGAACUUGGGAUUUAUCUCAUAUGUUUAUAUAAAAAUUUAAUAUUUUGUUACUUAACCCAUUUUCUCUUCCUUUAUAAAUGAACAUAAAUUCCGCUUCUGAAUUAAUGUUAACUAUGGUCCAAUUACUGUGAUUGUGAUUUUAUGCAUGUCAUCAAAUGCCUUUUCUUAUACAAGUCUUUUAUAGAUUAGGGAACCUGAGAUUUGUAGUUGGUAGUAGAUUUUGUAUGUAAAAGCAAAAUUACAAAGGAACAGAUGAAAUUAAAUUAUAGGAUAAAUACAGCUGACAGCUUUUAGUAAUUAGUUAAUUCCUAAGGUAGUAAUAGUGUGUUUUCUAUUGCUAAUAAUGUCAUAUAGCUAAAGAAGAAUUAUAAAGCAAGUAACUGGACCAACAAAAGGAACACAAAGCUCUUAGGCGAGCACUGAGCUAUUUCUGGUUAGUUCCUUGAUGACACAGUGCCAGAUCCCUGAUUUAAACUCAGAUGGGAAACUGAUAUUGAAAGAUUUCUCUCAUUUUAAUGCUGAAUAUCAUGUUUCUAUAUGCUUAGUAAUUGGUUUGUGCAAUCUUUUUAAGAUUAUUUUAAUAAAAGCUUGGGAGAAUGUGUUGCAUGUUGCUCUCUGCUGUAGGUUUAUCUGAAGUCUCCGAAUAUUUUCAAAGAUUUUUACCAGCCUUUUCAUAAUCCAAUCAAUGACAAUCUAUUGGUGAGUGAAAAUGUAGGAGCCAGCAGACUAAACCAACUUUAUCUUUUUCUUUUAGUCUGAUGCAUAUAUAAAUAAAUAGAUCCAUCUGCUGUACCAAAAGGAUUAUUAAAAUUCGAUAAUUAUUUCUCAGUGUCCUCCUCUGCUUUCCAGUUCAAAAGUAUGAAUUUCCUUUAAGAAUUCAAAUGAUGGCGCUAACAAACACUGAGAGUGAUGCUUUAUAUGGUUCUUAGUAUCUCUUGAUGCAUUGUUAGAACAGUGUCUCAACUCUCCAAAUCUGGAAGGUUCUGACAUGAUCUAAUCUGACCUUGGCCCCACAUUUCUUCUUGACUCUUGAGUCAUAGUUCCUUUGUGGUAUCCUCUUCCUAUACAUGCUCAUACCUGAUACAUAUCUGAGAAUGUCAGGUGACACCCAGAUAGCUGAUACUAUGGGGCACAUUGGAAAGGAAUGAAUGUGGAAUUUGUCUCCUCCUCCAACAGUGGACAGAACUAAGCUGUAAAUGCUGAGUUAUAUAGGAAGUCCAAUAUCACGUGCAAUAAACGUAAGUUUACUUCUUUUCAAAUGAAUUGCAAAUUGUUUGCCAGAAAGAAUUAAGAAUUACAUCAAUUCACACUGUCACCAGUAUAGUAUACCUGUUGACCAUAACCUGUCAGCACUGGUUGUUAGUUUUAAUACUUGUGAUUUACUAGUUACAAAAAUAGUAUUUAAUUGCUAUUUUACCUAGUAUUUUAUAAAUAACUUGUAGGAUUGGACAUUUUGCCAUAUGUACUGAUUUUCUUUGCUAACAAAUCUGUUUGCUUUCCUAAUUUUUGUCUUAUGUACAGUUUUGCUUUUUGAUGGAAACCCUCAAAUAUUAAAUUUUUGUGAAUAAA